UCUCACCUUCCUGAACCACUGUUUGACCAGAUCCUGGACCAUAUGCUAGUACUUAUUCGUGACACUCAUGACUCGGUCUGUCAGGAUCAGUCAAUAAGGAAUAUAUCGGGUGGAUAUAUCCUAAUCCACCAUGCUGUUUCUUCUCCUAUUCUCUUUUCUUGUUCGUUUGCGGUUGGGCUGCGUCACUACCCUGCUCCAACGGUCUAACUGAUAUACCGUCGCAUCUAGUCCCGUUUGCUGCGGGGUGUCCAUUAUUCAGUCAUUUUAAUAUAUUAUUCUUUGAUAAUAUUUUCAAUAUUGAAAAUUUUCUCGUUUGUCGGUGUGUAGGGUAGGGCAUGUGAGCACUGAAAUGCUGGAGAUAUACCCCCGGUUGGUGUUUUUGUCGCAGUCACCUAUGUUUAUGUUCAGCAAUAUUCACAUCUCUCGCCUACAUCAACUUAAUACCUCGUCGUCAUGGCUAGACUUCGAGAAUUCCACCAGAUGGUAGACGAGAUCUCCGACGAAGGCGUCGGGCUCGACGACGACGACACCCGCAGCGUAUCCAUCAAGUCAACCGUCUUCGACUACAUCUUCGAGAACGGGCGUCGCUACCACCGCUACCACGCCGGCUCUUACCCCCUCCCCAACGACGACCUCGAACAAGCGCGCCUGAAACUCUGCCACCACCUCUGGUCGGCCAUCAUGAACGAGCGCCUGUGCAAAAUGCCGCUUCACAACCCCCAGCGCAUCCUCGACAUUGGCUGCGGCACGGGCGACUGGGCGAUCGACAUGGGCGACUGCUUCCCCUCCGCCAUCGUCAUCGGCACGGACCUAAGCCCUAUCCAACCCACGUGGAUUCCGCCGAAUGUGCGCUUCUACAUCGAAGAUGCAGAGGACGAGUGGACCUUUGACGGCUCCUUUGACCUCGUGCAUGGCCGGAUGCUGGCGGGCAGUAUCACGGACUGGCACCGGUUUUUCAAGCAGGCCUAUGAGCAGCUGCGGCCGGGGGGAUGGGUAGAAAUGAACGAAGUCGAGUCAAGAUUCUACUCCGACGACGCGAAACCCAGAGACGUGGCGGUACUGAGAAGAACAACAGCGAGGUUCGAAAAGGCCAGCACCGCGCUUGGCAAACCCUUCAAUGUAUCCGUAUUAAGACAGGCCAUGCACGAUGCUGGGUUCGUCGAUAUACAAGAAGAAGUUUACAAGAUCCCCAUUGGAACCUGGCCCGCCAACCCCAUUCUCAAAAACCUCGGCCACGCAGCUCUCACCGCCGCCCACGAAUCCGUCGAGCCGUACAUGCUAGCCCUCGGCACACGCGUCCUAGGCGAAUCGGCCGGGACAAUCCACGACAUGGCGCGGAGCAUGAAACACGAGAUCUCGAAACCGCAUCUUCAUCUCUACACUCAAGCGCAUUUCAUUUGGGGGCGAAAACCUUGAUACUACUACCUACUAUUACUUAUUGCUUAUCUGACGGGCGUUUAUCGUGGGUGGAUACGAAUCUCGCAUUUCGUUAGGCAUGGAGUUGGGGAAUAAAAUUGGUGCGGCGUUUGGAUUAGUUGUAAUUAUUAUUCGUAAUAUCUUGAGAUACCCUCGAUGAUGAAAUGUGAUGUGAUCUCGUUCAGGAAUUGCUCUAAGUAACACGUAUGUAAUGUGACGGUCAGGUCGUGAUCACCUAACCACCCCUAUUUACACGCAAAUAAGAUACUAGAAAUUCUAUAUAUUAUAAUUUUCUCCUCUAUACUUAGUAAAACAGGAC